GAAAACCAUAGGAGUAUGAUUACUUUAAAAAAUACCUAUAAGUGAUACGAAUAAUUGAUAAGAAUUCCCUUAUCCGUUUCGUAUAAAAGAAUUGUUAAAUAUAUCUAAUCAUGAAUAUAUAAAAUAGUUCUGAAACUUGUCUACUGGAAAAUUUUAACUUUUGAAGACGAGUUUGACAGAUAAUAAUAUAAUAAUGGCAACAAACAUGAGAAUAGACUGUGUUCCCACUCGUGCAGGAACAAUGAAAGACAUUACAUUGGCAAAACAGGAUUGUAAUAAGUUUCAAGUUGAAUAUGAUAUAUCGUCUGAACAAGUUCUUUUAAAUCAAUCAUUUAAAGAUUCUCCGAGGCUAAAAAAAGAAAUAAGUAAUUGUGACGUCUUAGCGCUCCCUUUCACAGAACAUUUAAGAUACCAAAAAAUACGCGCAAUGUCUAUUGAGAAUGAAAAUAUAUACAAGUUUUGGAAACAGUUUCUAUGUGACUUACCUCAUUCAGAGAAUAAAUUCAUUCCAAAAAUUAAUAAUAAAUAUUGGCGGUGGAAGAAUUACAUCAAAUAUGUUCCAAACGAAAAUUACAUUAAUAUUAAAAAAAGUAUGUCAUCCGGACCAAAAUUAGACAAUGUCGGUCGUCUACCAAUUCCAGCAGAUGAAUUACCAACUUACCGUGGAUAUCGCAACACUGGUUUAUUGCUCAAAUCAAAGGACAAAAUUAAUAAUAAAAAAAGAUCAUAG